UCGCCGCGGCAACGGGACGCGGAGCCGGGCGGCGGCGGCGGCCGCGGCGCCUCACGCCAUGUCCGAGAUCCUGUGCGAGUGGCUGAACCGGGACGUGAAGCUCUCCCGCCGCAUCGUUCCAGGAUCAUUUCCAGAAGCAUUUUCUACUGGCUACCUUCUAGGAGAACUCCUUCACAAAUACGGUCUUCAGGAUGACUUUAAAGAAUUUUCAAAGAGCAGAGUUGCAGAUGCAAAAAUUAACAAUUUUUCUCGCCUGGAGCCCACACUUCACCUCCUUGGUGUGCAGUUUAAUGCGAAUAUGGCCCAAGACAUCAUGACAGGACAGCAUGGGGCUGCAACAAAUCUUUUAUAUGAAUUGUAUAUUGCUUUAGAAAAAAAGAGGAAGGCAAAGUUCACUGGAGUAGCCAUGGAAGCAAUGAGACCUGCAGCAACUGUAAAGCUUAAGUCUACUGAAAGUGGAAAUCGAGAGCAUUACAUAGGAAGAAGGAGACAAAAUGAAAUAAUGGCCAGGAUUCAAGCAGCUGUUACACAGAUUCAAAAACAACCAUCAAGACCCACCAUAAAAUCUGUUGAAGCCAAAAGAUUCUUAAAGAAGAAAAGGGAAGCAGAGAAUGUAUACAGGGAGAUAGAACAAUUUGAGAAGUCUCAAGUGGCGGGAAGUGCCUCUGCAGUACCCGGCCAGGUGACUGACAGUGAUAUGCAAGAAUUAUUGCAAACACAGAAGUUUCAAGAAACAACUCUAGAAACUAUACCAGAGAUGAGAACUGAGCUGUUAAGUAUUUAUUCAGAUGAUGAAUAUAUAAGGAAAAUUCAAAAACAUGUAGAGGAAGAUACAUUUGCUAGAGAACAACGAGCAAAGAGACGACAAAAAAUGCUUGUGGAUCAGUUAGCAGCACAUGAAGCACAGGAGAAGGCUUACCGGGAGGAGCAGCUCAUUUACAGACUAAUGAAACAAUCUCAGCAUGAGCGGAGGAUUGCUGCUCAACUCAUGCAUGUUCGGCAUGAAAAAGAGGUGCUAAGGCAAAACAGAAUUUUCAGGGAAAAGCAAUAUGAAGAAAGACGACAGAAGGAGUUCCAGGAAGCUCUUGACAGAGAAGCGGCUCUUGCAAAACAAGAAAAUAUUUAUAAUGAAGAACAAGUAAUCAGAGAAAGAGAACACCAUAAGAAAAUUGCUGCUGAAAGAGCUCAGGCACGCUAUAAAAAGCAUUAUUCUAUAUGUUGGGAAAUGAUAGACCAAAUCAUUGAUUUGUCGGCAAAAGUAGGAGAAUAUCGUCAACUGACAAACAACCGUGUUCCGUUAAAACUGAUGCUGGAUUGGAAGGAACUUUUUUUAAAUGGAAAACCAAUAUAUGAACAAGCCUCAAUUCAGCCUUUGCCAGAUGAACCUAGCCCAGAACAACUUGUAGAGCUGAAUAAAAUGAGUCUGUUAGAUGAAAAAGAUUAUGGUGAAUACAAGAGUAUGACAGGGGAAUGGAGCCCAACUGAAGAGAACAGUGAAAACAAACCUCCUCUUAAUAAUAACAUACUGGGUCAUGUGCUUCGUAGACUGAUGGAGAAGUUUUAUCCUCCAAAACCCAAAUCUUCACCUGAAUUUCCUUCAUUUCCCAUCAAGGGAUGUAUUUUGGGAAAAAUGUUUAGUGGAAAAACUACCUGUGCAAAGUUUCUUGGAAAAGUUUGCAAUAUUCAGGUACUAUCUGUUGGUACUCUGGUUCAGGAGGCCAUUGAAGCUUUUCUUCAAAAUGAAAUGGAAACUGAACACCACGUGAUUUCAGAGGAACCAGAGAGUUCUGGAGAACAGAGUGAGGUCCAGGAGAACUUACCAAAUUCACCACCAAAUCUUCUAGAGGAACUCCAAACAGAAACCACCACAGAAUCUAUUUUAGACAGUUGUCCUGUUGAGAAGGAUCCAUCUCAGGAAGAAUUUGAAUUGGAUGACAGUCAGGAUGACCUACCCAAGCUAUCUGUACGUGCCCAGCUUGGUGCUGCAUCCCAGAAAUGGUUGAAGAAAGGAAAAAGUGUUCCUGAUGAAUUACUAGUUGACAUCCUUUUGGAAGCCAUUACCCAAAUACCACCAGAGAAGGGGUGGAUUGUGGAAGGGUUUCCAAUGACAAUUAAUCAGGCAAAGCUAUUUGAAAAAUCCUAUACAGGGAUUGAUGUAGAAGAAAAAGAUCCAAUUUCUGAAAAGGUGUCCCUUGCUAUAGGUCCCAGAGUCCCUAACAAGCCUGCUCCUACCUCACCUGCAUUUGAUGUUUCUAUAUUAUUGGAUCUUUCAGACAGUGUGGUACUGAAACGCGCAGCUAAUGUGAAAUUAGAUAAAAGAAAGGCAUCUCGGGCUGAACAGAGCAGCGAUCAAAACUCAGAAGCUGAAAUCUUAGAAGAGAAGAUUGACUUAGCCAGGGAGCAGGUGCUGCACAGAAUUGCAGGCUUUCUAAAGACAUGGCCAAAAUUAGAGAAAUGGUUUUCAGUCCAUCAAAACACUCUAGUGAAAGUAAAUGCAGAGACAGAAGAAAGUCACGUGUGUGAAAGAGUGAAGGAAAUUAUAAUAGAAGAAAUUGUGAAAAAGCAGAGGACAAGGCCUGUGGAAGAAAUAGCGCCAGAAGAAGAGGUUUUACCAGUUACAGAUGAAGAAGAGGUUUUACCAGCUAGAGAAGAAAAGGUUUUACCAGUUAUAAGUCAGCCUUCUCCCUCUCCUGAGACACCACAACCGAUUGAACCAGGAUCAGAUGAAUGGAUUUAUGUAGAUGAACCACUUCCCCAGGAGAUAAUUGAUUUUUUAGUAUGUUACUGGGAAGUGGUAGAAAAUACAUAUAUGAAUACUAUCAAAACUGUACUUAGAUGUCUAAGGGAUGAACAAUACACUAUAAUUCAUUACACAGCAGAUAUUAGAAAAAAAUUUCAAGAUUAUUUGAAACGUCCACAUCUUAAGCAGGAGUUUGUAUCUCAGUGGCAAACAGAUUUUAAUUCAAUUGCUGAUGACCUGCAAGAUGAUGAGGAAACAAAAGCUGAACUACACCAAAGAGUUACUAACCUCAAAGAUCUUCUGUGGGAUAUCUGUGACAGCAGAAGGGAAGAAGCAGAGCAGGAACGUAUUAAUAUCAUGAAUGAAGAGUGGCUACCAGAUCAUAGGGGGCUUGCAAUGAACCAUUUCUUUACACUUAUGCAGGUUGAACUGGAUCGUUUCCAAGAUACAAAGAGUCUUCUUCGUGAAUAUUAUAGGGCAAUGGAAGGAAAAAUCCCAACAGAAGACACUCCAGAUUUUACUAGAAUCCCAUUGUUAGAUAUUAUUAAUGGAGAGCAGAAGGACGAUCAAGAGGAAUCAAGAAGGAUUCCUCUAGUUUCUUGGAAACUGCCUUCACCAGGUAAUACCAAAUCAAGAAGCAGUGGAACUCCACAGGAGUGUUCCAAGGAUAAGAAUUCAGAAAAUGGAGUGGCCACUUGCAGCAAUGAUGAAAAUCUUGUUAUUGAUACAUGGCAAACAGCAGUAACAGCAGUAUCAGAUAUGGUAACAGCUGAAAUAGAGUCUAGAGAAAUGGAGGAAGAAAAAGAACGUCAGCUAAAACCGAAAGCUUCAAAAGCUGCACAGAAAAAACCAGGCAAAGCUGCUGGGAAAGAUACCAAAGGUGUCAAAAAGGCAUCUGCCAAAUCACCGACUAAAAAAAAAGGAGCAAAAGCCAGUCCAGUUCCUAUAGACCCAGAAGAAUUAAGGAAACAAGAACUGGCACUUAAAAUAAAGCAAGAAUAUUUCAGUGCCUUGAAACAUGAGGAGGCAGCCACAAAAUCUCGACUAGAACUCAUAAAAGAAAAAGCUUUAGCAUUUCUUGAGGAUCUAAAAUGUAAAGCAGAAGAGGCUUAUAAAGAUAUGGAAAAAUGGCUUGGAUCCACCUUCUUGGCAGAAGUAUCCUGUGUUGAAAAGCUGGUAGAGGUUGCACGACAUCAUAUUGAGAGUUCUAGCAGAAUCCAAUAUGAAAUGACUUUAGAAGAAACAGAUUUCUUCAUCAAUGGCAAUGUAAAAAUUGUUCCUGACCCUGUUCCUGACCCUGUUCCUCCACCAGAAUUUCAACGCAUAGAAAACUCUGGAAGUAAUACUCUAACUAUUUCACAGCUUACUACACUUCAUAAGCAGUUUCUACAGCUGGCACCUAAAGGUUUUAUACCAAAGAAAUUAUUUAUUGAAACUCUUAGUGGCUUGGUUAAUUUGAAUCUUGGAAUAAACUGCUUUCCUGAUGCAUGGAAGAGCUUAACACUUCCAGAUUUCCAAAAUUUGGCACGUGAAUUCACAGUGAACUCAGAACUUACUGACUGGCGCAGAUUCUUGCUGGCAGCAGCACAGCCUUGGCCAGUGCCUUCUGUGACACAACUCCUCAAAACACUGCAUGGCUUCCAGUCUGUUGAUGUCACCGGAUCAGGCUUUGUUACAGAGGAGCACUAUAUGCAGUUUGGUGCCUGCUUUGCGUUUCUCCUAAUUCUUAUGUCACUGAAGGCUGGCUUAUGGUUUAAUGGAAAUGAAGAUCUAAGCAUAACAGAAAGCUGCAAGGAACCUGUGCCUUUAGAUAGGCUGAAAUACCUCAAAAAGCUUUUCUUCAGUUUAUUUGCGGAUACCAGAAAAGACCCUGCUCUGCUGAACUAUACUGAGAUGCUGCUUUAUUUUGCCUCCCACUCUGAUCCAGUUGAAGGUGUAUACAGAGCAUUUAGCAUUGCUACUGGAACAUAUAUUCGCAGAAAAAAAGAAGCUUCCCUUCCAUGUGCGGAUUCUUCAAGCCCCAACAUACUGUCAAAUGACAAGACUUUAAUAGAAGAUGAAAAAGAAGUCUUGAAUUACACAGCUGAAGAAAUUAUUUCAGUGACAUCUCUACUCAAAAUGUUUCAUACUGGAGGAAGUAAAGAUGAAAAUAAUCAUAGAUUUAGCCCUCUAGAGAAGGCAGACAGCUAUGAUAAGCAUUUCAUCAAGAUGUACCAAGAAUUAGGUGCUGAAGAUCUGACACCCAUUGCAAUUGAACUCCUUUUGAAGCACCCUUUCAUGGAAAAUUUGAUCAACACAUGCCAAGAAUACAAACUUCCUGAUAUUACAGUCUUUCUCCAAAGAUUCAAAGAAGCACAAUCAACUGAUGGGGAAAAAAACACAUAUGAAGACAUCAAUGUAUGAAAUGUUGUUCAUGAACAUUAAGAAAUCUUUUUUCUCAAAGUCUGUAAGAAAUGUCUUACAAGUCCAGUCCUCUCUUCCAUGAGAAAAGGUUUUUUGUUUAUUGUUGCAAGAGCAAAAUCCCAUUACAACUACACAUUUUCUGUUACUUUAAAUAAAAAAAAAACCAACAAAACCACUAACAGGGAAAGUUAUGGUUUGCUCAUCUUAAACAGUCUGAUGAUAUUUUUAAAUAAAAUUAAACCAGUUUCUGAACUUUUUUAGAGAUGGUAGUGUGUUCAUUAAGAUUUGGUUUAAGAAAAGAAUGUGUCCAAUUCUUCCAAGUGCACUAAGAUAUCUAUUCAGCUUUUGUUAGAUAAUUAAUUAAUUAAUUGUUUAAUUAAUUAAAUGCUGUAAUCAGUUAAUCUUUGAAAACAUGUUGCAAUUUGUAGCUAAUAAAAUAAAUGAAAACAGUGUUUUCUCUAAGAUCAGGAUAAACGGGGCAUCAUGUACAUGAAAACGGAUUGUUUGUUGACAGUGGAGAUGAUUAAUCUUUGCCAUUCAACCUUUCUAUUUCUACCCUUGCAUUAUAUCUCAGCUCUACCACCUGCUAAAAACCUGCAGGCUCUCUCUCCCCUGCAGGUGUGGGUGUCACAGGUGCUGCUCCCUGGCCAUGUCCCCUCCCAGCAUGUGGCCCCAAGCAGGCCCUGACGUGAAGCAGCAGGGUAGGCAAGCAAGCACUGCAGUGUUUGUGGCUCCACUGCUGAAUCUGAGCAUCACAUCAUUGGCUGAAAUUCACAGCGGGGUUCCACACAAACCUUCUCAGUUAUCCAACAAGAGUCCUUUUUUUAUUCACUCGGUGCAUUCAAGGGCACCAUAUACUCCAGAUGCAUGCUGCAGAUUUUCAUGUGUGAUAGGUGCUUGUCUAAAAAUACCUAUGGCACACCAUGACACCUAGAGACUGUUGAUUUCUGAGGCAGAUUAAGCAGAGUCCUGCUCAAAUAUUCUCCUUACUUACAGCUGAAGUGGUUGUUUCUUUUUCUAUAUGAAGUCUGAGUCUACUGGCUUUCAUGGAAGUUGUUACUAGGAUGUUUGUGUUUAAAUGUAGUUUUAUCCAAUUUUUCCUUUCUCUUGUGUCUAUUGAUGGCUGCUAUAAGUCGAUAGGAACUAUUUUUUUUAUCAACCUUUGUGACAUACAUUCCAGAACGCUCUUUGUAAAUAAUUCCCCUGGAAUUAAAAAUGGAGAUGCCUAAUAAAUUCUCAGUUUUCAGUGGUA